UAUGGUGAUUGGAUGAUCAGCAGGUGUUUUCGGAAGGGAGACACAUAUUUGUAAACUUAGAUAUAUAUAGAGAUAUAUAUCUCUUCAGUUUGGUGAGUUAGAAAAUGUGGAGGCUCAAGGUUGCAGAUGGAGGCAAUGAUCCCUACAUCUACACCACCAACAACUUCGUGGGAAGACAGAUAUGGGAGUUUGAUCCUGAUUAUGGAACUCCAGAAGAGCGAGCUGAGGUCGAAGCAGCUCGUGAGAACUUCUGGAAAAACCGAUAUCAGGUUAAGCCCAGCAGCGGCCUCCUUUGGCGGAUCGAUGCAGAGCUUUUGUAGUCAAGAGUGGGACACUAGUUUUGCCCUUCAAGCACUGCUAGCUUGCAAUAUGACUGAUGAACUUGGACCUACACUCAAGAAAGGAUAUGUAGGUUUCUAAUUGCUGGCACUCUUCCUUAUGAACUUGCCUCCAGUGAGUUAUUUGGCAUUUCCCAAAACUAGGCAAUCUCCAGGUUCUUCUCAUGCUCUCAUCUUUACACUUGGAACUAUCAUCAUCAUCUUUAGGGCUGUUGUAAUCAUCAUCUGCUUCUAUAGAGUCCCAUAUUUUCUAUAUAGAUGAAAUAUAGAAGCGCCAAUAACAGGAAUGGAAGUGUCACAUUCCAUGCUUGUCUCAACUUUAGUGAUGUGGAUAGUAUCAUAUCUAGGAAAUUCAAUUUCGCUAUAACUGGCAAAGCUUUCUUGAGAAUGGAAACAGAGUCCUCUGUUAUGCCUAAUUUCAGUAAUCAG